CGCGACACGGACAGCCUCACCAGCUCGAAACCCGAUUCCAUUCUACUAUUUCGGCCAAUUUAGCUCUUGGUAGGAUUUUCAAUACCUUGCAUACUCACAAUGUCGGCUGAAAAGCGCCCGGCCGAUGACGACCCCGGACUGUCAAAAGUUCUUGUCAAGAGGCAGAAUGUCAACACUUCUGAAGGAGCCCUUGCGCGGCUCAAUGCCUCCAGCAGCGCCUUGGUUCAAACGGCUCCUCGGACGAGCGGGCUUCAAGCUCCUGUGAUGGAGCUGACGGGACACUCUGGGGAGAUUUUCUCAGCCAAAUUUGAUCCUACGGGCAAUUUAAUUGCCUCUGGAUCAAUGGACCGAAGUAUAAUGCUGUGGAGGACAUAUGGCGACUGCGAAAACUACGGCGUGCUAAAUGGCCACAAGGGAGCCAUUCUCGACUUGCAGUGGGCACGAGACUCGGAGAUUCUGUACUCUGCUUCCGCCGAUAUGCACCUUGCGAGCUGGGAUCUUACCUCGGGAACACGGAUUCGGCGAUAUGUCGGGCACGAAGAAAUCAUCAAUAGUCUGGACAUUAGCAAGCGAGGCGAGGAGAUGCUGAUAAGCGGAAGUGACGAUUCGACAAUUGGAAUUUGGGAUCCACGGACGAAGAACGCAGUCGACUACAUUGAGACCGAAUUUCCCAUUACAGCCGUGGCCAUUUCGCAGGCCGGCAACGAGAUAUACUCGGGAGGCAUAGAUAAUGACAUUCGAGUCUGGGAUCUAAGAAAGAAGGCCGUGGUGUACUCUCUACUGGGGCAUGCGGAUACCGUUACGUCUUUGCGAGUCUCUCCCGAUUCACAAUCUCUACUGUCACACUCGAUGGAUACAACGGUGAGAACAUGGGACAUUCGCCCGUUUGCGCCCACCGAAAGACACAUUCGAACAUUCGACGGCACUACGGCUGGUGUGGAGCAAAAUCUGCUACGCGCCAGUUGGGAUUCAGAAGGCAAGAAGAUUGCUGCUGCUUCUGGAGAUGGCACUGUAGUCAUUUGGUCCAACGAGACGGGAAAGCUAAUGUAUAAACUCCCGGGACACCGAGGAGUUGUAAACUGUGCGGAAUUUGCGCCUGGCAAGGACCCCAUUUUACUAUCGGCCUCAUCAGAUCGCACUAUGCUUCUUGGCGAGUUGAAGUGAGUGACAUUUGCGGCUUUGUACCGUCGAGUUAUGGAAUAAGCAGUUGGAGACGUCUUUUCGUUGACGAGAGAUACUGGCGGCGGAUCAACACGCUACUUUGGUCUCGACGAAGACAAAAGCGGCUGCUUAUUGAAGCUCACUGGCGACUCUGACUUGGAUCGUUUGCGGCGUCUGGCCCAUAUUAUGGAGCCAACUCACAUUUAAGGGCUUCAUGUCGGUUGAUGAGUCUUGCAUCCCGUCAUCCAAGACAUAGAUUCUCAAACUUGAGAAUGAAUACUCAUCGUCAUGUGAAAUAAACCAGCAUUUCGGGAGGAAAAAAAAAACAAUGGCAAUAUCGGCGUCAAUCUUAUUGUAUGUAUAAUCAGCGAUACCUUGGAAUUAAGGGGGCAAUAGAAGGAGAAAAGAUGAAAAAGCGGCCAUGGGACAUUUGGUUGCUGUAUGCUCUCC